UACAAACUAUGGUGAAGCAGAAAAAGACUUGUAACCGGCUCUAAAAUCAAAAUUCAGCGAAAAAAUGUUGCGGAGAGACGAUGCCUUUGUCACGCCGAAGAAGCUGCGUUUCCGUGGUGACCUGAAUUUGCAACACUUUCACGAAAUCGAGGAUAUUUUCGAUGAUGCAAACCGUCGAGACUCCCGUGAAACGCAUACAGAGACACAAAACAAACCAGAUAAGGACGAGAAAAGUUCACUUUAUGACUUCUUGAAGAUUGAAUUGACGCGCGGCUAUGUGUUGGAGCACGACGAGGAACGAUAUUCGGCGAGACGCGAGAAAAUCUACUCGUUUAUGCGAAUCCCGCGGGAAUUGGAGAAAUUUAUGGCUUACGGGUUUCUGCAAUGUCUCGAUUCCUUCCUUUACAUCUACACAUUUUUGCCGAUACGGUAUGUCAUGGCGUUAUGGGGCCUGAUACUUACGUUGCUGCGCAUCCGGAGACAGCGACAACGACUUUUGACACCUGCGGAAAUGUGUGACUUACUGAAGGGAACAAUUUGGCUGAUUGUGUGUUUCGCAAUGUUUCGCGUUUUUGAUACAAAUAUGCUUUAUCAUCUCAUCAAGAGUCAGUCCAUCAUCAAGUUGUACAUUUUUUACAACAUGUUGGAAGUGGGAGAUAAAUUGCUGUCGGCUUUCGGGCAGGAUACGAUAGAUGCGUUGUUCUGGACAGCUACGGAGCCCAAAAAUCGACGAUCGGAGCAUUUGGGACUGAUUCCUCACAUUUGUUUUGCACUUUUUUACGUGGGAUUGCACAGUACGUUGAUCAUGUUUCAAGCCACGACGCUAAAUGUCGCCAUAAAUUCCAACAACAAAGGUCUGCUGACGAUCAUGAUGUCAAAUAACUUUGUCGAAAUCAAAGGAAGUGUCUUCAAAAAGUUCGAUAAGAAUAAUUUGUUUCAACUUACGUGCAGCGAUGUGCGGGAACGAUUCCAUCUGGUCACUUUGUUGGUGAUUGUCGUCAUUCAAACGAUGAAAGAGUUCAACUGGCGCACCGAUCAAUUUCUCGUCAUGCUGCCAUGUUGCUUAUGGGUACUUUUUACCGAAUUUUUCGUCGAUUGGAUCAAACAUGCCUUUGUGACGCGCUUCAAUGAGCUUCCGUGCGACGUUUAUCGCGAAUAUACGAUCAGUUUGGCGUACGACAUGGCUCAAACACGUCAAAAACACGCCUUUUCCGACCAUUCUGACUUGGUAGCACGUCGAAUGGGUUUCAUCCCGUUCCCAUUGGGAGUCGUUCUUCUCAAAGCCUUGUAUCAUGCCGUCUCAAUUGACAAUCUCCUUGCUGCUUUCAUCAUUUUUGUCAUGCUCUACAUCUUCCUGAUCAGUUGUCGCAUCCUCAACACAAUUUGUGCCCUUGGAAAAGCGUGCGAUCUUAUGACGAAACACGAAGAGGAAAAGAUGGAAAGACUUCCUCAAACGCCCGCCCAAAAACCACCGGUAAAAUCUCUCAAUACCUCAGAUAUGGCAACAUCCCCGAUGCAUCAUCAAAGCAACGCGACGCCUCAACCCACGACUCUCCAUCGAUCAAAAAGUCAAAUAAUGGAAACAGUAUCGCAGGAAAAGGACGAAAAACCAAACACAUCUGCCGAUAGCGAUAUUAUCCGUGAAACGUGCGAUUUGGGAGCAACGGCGAUUUUUUCCAAUUCUGACGUCGACUUGGAUGACGUAAAGUUGAACGAAAAAGUCCUCAACACGGGCGAUGAAAGUGCUGGCACGAUAGAUUCCGAAAUUACGCGCAGCGUGCCAGACUUGCAAGACGGCGAAACGCCCGGAAGCGAGGAAAAUAGCAUAAGUAUUGGACAUCGGACACAUCGCAGAUCCGAGUCUGAGCCUUCGAUUCAAAUAGAGACUGUUAACGUUGAAAAAUAGGAAAGUUUUGUGUGGAAAAUCACGUAUUGCCAAAGUUUGUUGGGUUGUUAUAAACUACAAUUAGCUAUUAUUUAUGAACAAAAUUUGAAUGUUAAAUAAAAACCUUUAAGAUAUUACGUUUGACA